CCAGGUCUCUAGUCUGACAAUCAAACUAACUCACCAUGUUCAAACUCCUGCUUGUCUGCGCCCUUGCCGCCCUGGUGGCCGCCAACGAGAAUGCCGAGGUCAAGGAGCUGGUCAACGAUGUGAACCCCGAUGGCUUCAACACCAAGGUGGUCCUCGACAAUGGAGUGGCCUCCUCUGCCACCGGCGAUGUCCACGGAAACAUCGAUGGCGUCUUCGAGUGGAUUUCCCCCGAGGGCGAGCACGUCCGCGUCAGCUACAAGGCCGACGAGAACGGAUACCAGCCCCAGAGCGACCUCCUGCCCACUCCCCCACCAAUCCCAGAGGCCAUCCUCAAGGCCAUCGCCUACAUCCAGGCCCAUCCCAGCAAGGAAUAAGCGAUCGACACGACUAGGACCCAACUACGAACCGGAGGAGCCCUGCCCUCUAACCCUUAGAAUUUAAACAGCAUGCUGACUUAAUAAGUUUGACUAUCGAGUCGUGAAAUAAAUUCGA